AACACAAUGUAUUCCGCAUAAAACAACCAAAAACAGACAGAAAAACCAGUACUACAAAAAAACCAUGUCUCAUUACCGGCUUAUCCUCUCCUUGCUAGUAUCCCUAGCAGUCAUGAUGCAAUCCACUUCUGCUGUUGAUUAUGUUGUCACCAACAGAGCCGGAUCAUCAGGAGGCAGCGUGCGCUUCAACAACGAAAUAGGCAUCCCCUACAGCAGGCAGACACUAGAUUCUGCCACCAAUUUCAUAUGGAGGAUCUUCCAACAAAACAGCGCGGCCGAUCGGAAAAACGUGCAGAAGGUGACCUUAAUAAUCGAAAACAUGGACGGUGUCGCGUACGCUGUCAACAACGAGAUCCAUGUCAAUGCGAAUUACCUUGGAAACUAUAGUGGUGAUGUGAAGAGGGAGUUCACUGGGGUGAUUUAUCAUGAAAUGACACAUAUUUGGCAAUGGAAUGGUAAUGGACAGACCCCAGGAGGCUUGAUUGAAGGGAUUGCAGAUUAUGUGAGGCUCAAGGCUAACUACAUUCCUAGUCACUGGGUCAAACCAGGGCAGGGUGAUAGGUGGGAUCAGGGUUAUGAUGUUACAGCCAGGUUUUUGGACUAUUGUAAUAGUCUUAGAAAUGGGUUUGUGGCAGAGCUUAAUAAGAAGAUGAGGAGUGGUUAUAGUGCUACCUAUUUUGUUGAUCUGCUAGGGAAGACUGUUGAUCAGCUUUGGAGUGACUAUAAGGCCAAGUAUGGCCAGUAGCUGUGCAAACCUGUAAUAGCCUAAAUAAAAUUAAGUGGGUUGUAUUGUAACUGAUUUGAUAAGCUAUAAUAAAAUUUGAAUUAUUGGUACUUGACAUUA